AUGCCCGGGAAGCGCAUCGUGGUAUGCUUGGACGGGACCUGGGUCAACAGCGACGAGGGCUAUAAUCGGCCUUCUCUAUCCGACCCAAAUUUCACGCUCCAGGUCCCGUCCAAUGUGACACGCCUCUAUCGAGCACUGCAGAAAAAGGGGCUGGACGGAAAGGGACAGGUCAUCUACUAUCAUUCCGGCGUCGGGACGUCGGGAACCCUCAGCGAUACAAUCGCCGGAGGUGUUUUUGGAGCCGGGGUUGGCGAAAACAUCCGGGAAGCAUAUAGUUUCAUUGCAACCAAUUAUGAACCCGGGGAUGAAAUCAUUCUCGUGGGCUUCUCUCGGGGCGCGUUCACGGCCCGUAGCGUGGCAGGCCUCAUUAUUGAAAUCGGUCUAUUGACCUCGCGAGGAAUGGAGUAUCUCUAUCCGAUAUUCAAGGAUAUCCAGAACAUCCAAGACCCGGAAUACAAGGAUAAAUUCCCAGGGGUCCCAUUCCACGACAAGCCCUUUGAUGCGCGGGGGUACCGGCGUCGCUUGGAGGAAGAGAGUCUCACCCGUCUUUAUGACCCCGAUGGAUACCGCAUCAGAGUCCGCUGUGUAGCUGUUUGGGAAACUGUAUUCCCGACACCAAUCUAUCCAACAAGCUCAAGAUACCUCGCUCCACUGAAGAAUAAGUACCAAAUUUCCCUCCGCACCUCGAAAAAUACUGACAGCUCCUGCACAUGGAGGUUCUACGACACAUCCCUGUCCAACGGUAUCGAGCACGCGUUUCAAGCCCUCGCCCUCGACGAGAACCGCACGUCCUUUGCUCCCGCCGUGUGGGAGCGUCCUCGCAACGUCCGCACCGACCUCCGGCAAGUCUGGUUCUGUGGCGCCCACUCCAAUGUCGGCGGUGGCUUGCCCGACCAGGAGCUCGCAAACAUCUCCAUGGCCUGGAUGAUGGAUCAGCUGGCUUCCAUCGGCGUCGCCUUCGAAGACGACACCAUCGACCGCCUCUUCGCUGAAAGCGUCGUCUAUUUCUACGACCACGCCGCGGACCCGGCCACCCCGGACUCGUCCCGACACCGCCGCUGGACCGAAUGGGCCCUGCCGUCCAUCUACGAGGAACAUGAGCCUGUUCGGCCGUGGGGACUUGGCGAGAUAGUCCAGCCGGAUACCGGCUUCUACCGUCUGGCCGGCAAGACGACGCGCACGCCGGGUCUAUAUCGCCGCGUGGACCCCGAUACCGGCCUACCGACGGAGGACUUUCUGCGCAGUACGAACGAGCGCGUGCACCGGUCUGUCCGGGUUCGACUCGCCUUGGAGGGCUUGUCGUAUGACGAUAAGGGGCUGUACAAGUGUCGGGCGCUGCUCAAGAAGGGGCCCUGGGAGAUUAAGCGCUUGCGUGUGGUCUCGCGCCAUGAGACGCGUGACCGAGAUGCGUACGGUGACGAGGAGGCCGUUAUUGAGCGGAGUCAGGAUUAUCGCUGGGGCUGGGUCUACGCCGGGCCUGUGGAGGACACGCCACCGGAGACGGUUUUGAUGGAGGAGUCGCUGGGUCCGUAUGAAAAACGGCUGCUCCACCUAAAUAAAGGUUAG